AUCACGCACAUUUGUUUGGGAUAGCUUUUUGACCAGUUCUAAUGUGCAUUCAAAUUCAUCUUUGCUCUUCCUUGUGAAUAAGUUAUUAUUUCGUAUUGUUGUUGUAGCUCUGAAGUUUUGAGACUGGAAAGAAGGAUAAUCGAUAUCGAGUUAUGAUGACGUACCAUGAACUCAACACUUGUAGUAAAUUUUAGAGCUCGGAUUGGCAAAUCGUGUUUUAUAUGUAGCCAUUGAUGCGUUUACAAAGCACAAAGUCACUGAUACAUCUGCCCAGCAUCGUCCGAAGAGUCAUGAACACCUCUCUCCCACUUAUUUUCAAAUUCUUGAAUCAUCGUCGAAUCGGCUUGCUUGCCUUGAUGACGAAUCGUAACUUGAACCGGUCUGAAUCACUUUCAUGAUUCAGACAGAUAACACCUGUAAUGACAAAGACCUGAUUGUCCAAUCUCUUGGUUAUGCAGGCCCAUUGCAUGAUGAUGUAGUGGAUCGUGCCUGGAACAAACAUCAACAGUAUCCUCGUCAUGACUGUGUUGAGAUCUGGAACCGUUUUGGAUGACCCGGAGGGCACCAUCUACCCGGAGGGCGGUGACAAGGCCAAGGACAAGGGCACCUCUCGUAUGACCAUCGUCAUCUUCGUGGGUCUUCUCAUCGACCUUUUGGCUUUCACUCUCAUCCUCCCGCUAUUCCCGGCCUUGCUCGAUUUCUACCGUCGCAACGACAAGGAUGGUUUGUACCCGUUCUUAGAGAGGCAGGUCCAGUUCUUCCAAAGGUUGCUGGGUGCUCCUGAGCAAUUCAAUACGGUGCUCUUCGGCGGAUUCAUCGGAUCACUGUUCUCUUUGCUUCAAUUCCUGGCCUCGCCCAUCAUUGGAGGGAUGAGUGAUCUUUACGGACGACGACCGCUGUUACUCAUCAGCACAGCGGGGAUCGCUCUGUCUUACGGAAUAUGGGCCAUGGCGGGAUCGUUUUCCAUAUUCGUCUUGGCUCGGAUCAUCGGUGGAUUAUCCAAAGGCAACGUGAGUUUAGCCACUGCCAUCGUGACUGAUGAAUCCACGCCGAAAACCCGAGGACGUGGGAUGGCCCUAAUUGGGAUUGCCUUUUCAGUGGGCUUCAUCCUCGGACCCAUCAUUGGAGCUUUUUUCUCCAUUUGGGCCAAGGAACGAACCGGAGCUUGGUAUGUCUAUCCGGCCCUGUGUGCCCUGACCCUGAGUGUUUUUGACUUGAUAUUCCUGUACGUGAAAUUUGAGGAGACGCUCCCCGAGAAACAAAGGCUCAAGAACUUUAACCAAGCCAUCGCUCAAGCAUUCAUGUACAUCAACCCGUUGUCCCUCUUCAAGUUCGCCUCGUUGAAGAAUUUGCCCAAAAAGGAGCACGAAUCACUCCAAACCUUGGGUCUAGUCUACUUCCUCUACCUUUUUCUGUACUCGGGCCUGGAAUUUACGCUCACUUUCCUCACGCACAUCCGAUUCAAAUUCAACUCCAUGGAUCAGGGCAAAAUGUUCCUGUUCAUUGGACUACUGAUGGCUGUUAUCCAGGGUGGAUACGUUCGCCGAAUUCCCCAAGGGAAGGAGAAACAAAUGGUGCUUUAUGGCCUUCUACUUAUCAUUCCGUCCUUUGCCAUUGUCGGGUUUGCCUACAAUAUUUUCACCCUUUACGUGGGAUUGGCUUUGUAUGCCCUUUCCACUUCGGUUUGUGUGCCUUGUAUGACCACCUUGGUGUCAUCCUAUGGCGAUGCGAAUCAGAAAGGCAUCGUUAUGGGGGUCUAUCGAUCCCUGGGGGCCCUGGGCAGAGCCUUGGGGCCUAUGGUCUCGUGUACCUUGUAUUGGUUGGUGGGACCUGAGAUUUGUUAUUGUGUGGGCGGGCUGGCACUCAUUGGUCCCUAUAUUCUAUUGAGAAGAUCAUCAGCCUAAGGAAUGUUUUGUUAUCAAGAGUUUUCUCAAACCAUUUGUAAUACAUAUGCUGCUUCAACUUCCGUCUCAAAGACUUGUCUGUUCACUUGGGAACACAUUCCAAACGAGGCCGUAUCAAUCUAUGCGCAUCUGUUGACAAUAUUAUAUUUCUCUAUUUAUAUAUCCAAAUACAUCUACUUAUCCAUUCCAUCGUGCCUUUAGAACGAAAUACAGAAACGACCAUCCACCCAAAAUGUAUCAGCCUCGCCAUUGCCCAAAGACCAAGCCUGACCUUCUAGUGUCUUAUUUUCA